UUGCAGUCAGUCAUGGGUCGUCCAGGGAUUCAGAUGUGGGGGCGGACACUGUGUGUCUUCUUGAGCUGGAUGUGUGUGGAUCCAGCAGUGGCAGGACCGCAGUACAUGGUAGCCAUUCCUGCAGUUCUUGAAGCUGGAGCUGAGACCAAAUUCUGUGCGAGUCUCCUGCAGCCCAACGAGACUCUGGUGAUGACCGUCACUCUGAUGUCGGCACAGACGAAUACAACCCUCAUCCAGCAGACGUCCAGUGAAGACUUUCAUAUCUGCACUCAGUUCAAGACUCCUUCAGUGGAGAAUGAAGUGGUGCAGAAGUUCCAGGUGGAAGUACGAGGUGACACAUUUUACUCAAAAGAAGUCAGGAAAGUCAUGAUCAGAAGCUAUCAACCAAUGACGUUUAUCCAAACAGAUAAACCAAUCUACCUCCCUGGACAAACAGUGAAAUUCAGAGUCAUCUCACUGGAUACCAAGAUGAGACCUGCCAAUCAGAUGUAUAAUAUCAUCGAAAUUGAGGAUGCUAACAGGAACAAGAUUGGACAGUGGCUGAAUGAAACAUCCGAUAGUAUAUUGCAGCUUUCUUAUGCCUUGAACUCCGAGGCUCGUGAAGGAUCCUACAAAGUUAGUGUGUCGACCGGGUCUAAUAAAGUAUAUCACAGCUUCAAAGUGGAGAAAUAUGUUUUGCCUAAAUUUGAUGUUAAAAUAACUGCAUCUGACGAAGUAAGUAUUGAUCAGGAAGAAAUCAAAGCUGAAGUUUGUGCAACGUAUACAUAUGGACAGCCGGUGCCAGGCAGUGUUAACGUAGAGAUGUGCAGACAUUUUAAACAAUUUUUUACAUUCACCCAUGACAAUACAGAGGGAAUAUCUGCUACAUGCUACAAGGAGACAAAGCAGACGGACAAGAAAGGCUGUGCCACUUUUAUCUUCCCAAUGUCAACCUUCACAAAAGUUGCCCAAAAGGUUCUGCUAGAUAAGUUGAAACUCACUGCUGAGAUGGAAGAGGAGGGCACGGGUAUUUCACACCAACGAGAGAAGCGUAUGGAUAUUUCAUAUGUUGUUGGAAAGCUGUCCUUCACUGACACACCCAAGAUUUAUGACCAAGGAUCAGUUGUGGAGGGAAAAGUAAAAGCAGUUUAUUACAACAAUACACCAAUUGCUGACAUGCCGGUGAACCUGUUUAUGGGUGAAAGGUGGUCAGCACGUUCGAUACAGAAUCUCACUACUGACAGCAAUGGUGUUGCCCCUUUCUCAUUCAGCACAGUUAACGUAAAUGGGAACAUCCAUUUCCACCUAAGCUUGACACCAACAUUGGUCCACCACCAUCAUAGAACACCAUACUAUGAGGCUGGACAUCACACAGUUUCGUUGGCCCAAGUCUCUUCUCCUGAUACUAAAACAGUCAGCUUCCUGGAGGUGAAGAAGAAGGAUAAACCACUUCCAUGUGACAAAGAAGAAGAAAUCUUUAUCCAAUACACAGUAGUUGGAGAGGCCCAGGGCUCAGUUGAUAUGAUGUAUCUCGUCCUAUCCAGAGGUGCCAUUGUCAUGCAAGGAGUUAAACGGGUUGAAGUGCAAGAUAAAUCAGUGAAUGAGGGCCAGCUGUCCUUUAAGCUCACACUGUCUCCAGACAUGGCUCCAGAAAUCCAGGUUAUAAUUUACGCCAUCCUCCCCAGUGAGACUGUGAUCGCCAAAAGCGCCGACUUCUCCAUUGAGAAAUGCUUCAGUCACAAGGUGUCGCUGGAGUUCUCUCCAUCCUCGGCCGUCCCCGGAGAGCAGACCACCCUGCAGGUGAAGGCCCUGCCAGACUCUCUGUGUGGUGUCAGCGCUAUCGACCAGAGCGUCCUCAUCAAGGAGCCAGGGAAAACUCUGGAAGCAGACAAGAUAUUCAACUUGUUGCCUGUCAAAAAAGCAUCCCAUGUUCCACAUAAUGUUGAAGAUCGUGUAGAAUGCUUGCUUGUAAGACCCAGAAGAUACGCUAUUCCAUAUCGUGAAAGAAACCAGAGAGAUGAUGCUCAUACAGUUUUCCAGAAUGUAGGUAUGAAGAUAGCAACAAACCUGGUUAUCAGAGUGCCGACAUGCCUCAAGUACAGAGGAAGAGAAUACCACCAGGGCCAUGGUAUGCAUGUAAGAUAUAAAUCUGCUCCAGAUCGAAUGCGCUCGCGACCGGGGAGCGCUUCCCCAAACCAACAUUCUUUUGAUUCACCGAUUGAGACUGUCCGCACUUUUUUCCCCGAGACCUGGAUAUGGGAGCUUAUAGAGGUUGGAAAGUCUGGAACGAAGGAUGUGUCCGUCACAGUCCCAGACACCAUCACCACCUGGGAGACGGAGGCGUUCUGUUUGUCCUCUCAAGGUUUUGGCUUGGCUCCUCGUAAAGAGAUCACGGUCUUCCAGCCCUUCUUCCUCGAGCUCAGCCUGCCCUACUCCAUCAUCCGAGGGGAGCACUUUGAACUGAAGGCAACCGUCUUCAACUACCUGACCAGCUGCAUCAUGGUUACUGUGGCUCCAGACCCCUCCUUAGAUUACACCCUUACCCCCCUCUCUGGUGACCAGUACACAUCCUGUUUGUGCGGUGGUGAGCGCAAGACCCUCAGCUGGACCAUGGCCCCCUCAGCUUUAGGGGUUGUGAAUGUGUCAGUGACUGCUGAGGCUGUGGCAUCCCAAGCUUCGUGUGACAAUGAGAUUGUGAGCGUGCCAGAAAGGGGUCGUAUCGACGUGGUCAAACGUUCUCUCAUAGUCAAGGCGGAAGGAACUGAGAUGUCCAAGACCUACAACUGGCUGCUCUGCCCAGAAGGAGAGGCUUUGAAAGAGGAAAUAGAAAUACAACUGCCUGAGAACGUCAUUGUUGGAUCAGCCCGAGCUUCGCUAUCAGUUCUGGGUGACAUUCUGGGCAGAGCUCUAAACAACCUGGAUGGGCUGCUGCGGAUGCCGUAUGGAUGUGGUGAGCAGAACAUGGCUCUCCUGGCCCCCAACAUCUACAUCCUCCAGUACCUGAAAAACACUCAGCAGCUGACCCAAGCCAUCAAGGACAAGGCUACCAACUUCCUGACCAGUGGCUACCAGAGGCAGCUGAACUACAAGCAUAUUGAUGGUGCCUAUAGUACAUUUGGAAAAGGAACUGGGAACACUUGGCUGACUGCUUUUGUGGUGAGAUCAUUUGCCAAAGCACAGUCUUUUGUCUACAUUGACCCAGCAAAGAUGGAAGAGUCUAAGAUUUGGCUCCAAAGGAAACAACGAGGAAAUGGCUGUUUUGAACAGUCAGGAAAGCUGUUUAACAACAGAAUGAAGGGAGGUGUGUCUGAUGAAGUGACUCUCAGUGCCUACAUCACUGCUGCUUUCUUAGAGAUUAAUGUAUCUGUGGAUGAUCCUGUGGUGAACAAGAGCCUGUCUUGCCUCAAAGAGUCCAUCAGUGACCUCAGUAACACCUACACCACAGCUUUGCUGGCGUACGUCUUCACCCUGGCAGGCGACAUGGAGACCCGUGCUCACCUUCUCAAUCACCUAGACACUGUUGCAAUACAACAAGGAGGUUUCCUUCACUGGUGUCAGACAGCAUCAGAAAAAUCUGCCUCUCUGUCUGUGGAGAUCAGCUCCUACGUGCUGCUGGCCAAACUCAGUGCCUCUCCCACUACUGAAGACUUGGGCUAUGCUGCUGGCAUCGUUAGAUGGCUGGCGGGCCAGCAGAACUAUUACGGAGGUUUCUCCUCCACACAGGACACAGUGGUGGCUCUUCAGGCUCUGGCUCUCUACUCCGCUCUGGUGUUCAGUCCAGGAGGUUCAAGCUCGGUGACAGUACAGUCUUCCAGUGACACUCUGACAUUUGAUGUGAACCAGAACAACAAACUGCUCUACCAGGAGAAGCUUCUGCAGGACGUGACAGGAAAGUUCAGCCUGGAGGUGAAGGGCACUGCAUGUGCUGCAAUGCAGAUUUCUCAACACUAUAACAUCCCAACUCCUACUGACGCAACAACCCUCAGUGUCAAUGUAAGACCAGAGUUUGACUGCACCAGCAAAAACACCAAACUCACUCUGAAUCUUCAGUCCCGAUUUAGUGGAAAGGAGAACAGCACAAACAUGGUGAUACUGGAUAUCAAAGCACUCUCUGGAUUUGUCCCAGACCAAGAAUCUUUGAAGAGGCUCAGAGGAGCCCUGCUGGUGGAUCGCGUUGAACAAAAGGAGGAUCAUGUUCUGGUGUACAUACGGGAGUUACCAAAAGACAUACCUAUCAACCACAGCUUGGAUCUCAGACAGGAGAUCCCAGUGCAGAACAUGAAGCCAGCCGUGGUCAAGAUCUAUGACUACUAUCAGCCAAGUGACCAGGCUGAGACAGAAUACACACACCCUUGUGUUUCAGCUUGAAGAGUGAAGUCUGAUCCUCGGGCCUUCAAGGAUUCCAGUACGAUAAACAAAUAUUUGUUUUUAUCAAAGAUACAGUUUAUGUACCUUCACACCAGUUUACUUUGUUAAUUAGCUUAGUUUUCUGCAGCAAUGUCUAACAGCUGUUAAACUACAGCACAUAUCUGAAAAACAACAAUGUAAUAUGCUUGUCUUAACCUGAAACUGGUCUUCCACUGUUUUCUCCUUCUGCUUUACAUGUAUCGUAUCACAGUGUACAAUUUGUGCAGGUCAGCUUGGUGUGGAAAUUUCAAAUAUGUAAAAAAAUAUAUUUUAUGGUCUUUUGUAUGCAAUCCCUGGAGGAAGUUUUGGAUAACAUAACUAUGCCGAUGAAAGGGUGACUAAUGAGCAUGACUGUUUAAUACAAAUAAAAACAAACUGAAUGCUAAAA